GGUGGGGUGAUUGUCAGAACCUAUCGUUUUCUCAUUUUCUUUUUCUUGGACACUUUCUUCGGUUUUGUCUCUCACUCUUCUCCCAUUUCCGUCCGUCUUCUCACCUUCCCUUUGCGUGUUCCAUCUCUCACGCCCUCUUUCAUCUAUCAUCCUUCUGUAAUUCUUCUCCUUCCUCUUUCGUCUCAUUUCUCCUUUUUAUCAGCAUAUCCCUCCCUCUCUCCUUCCCUUAUUCGUAUCUUCCCAAUUCCCUCUUCAUUUUUGCGGUUUGUUUCUCCUCUUUGUUCUUCCCCUUUAUUUCCUUUUCUUUCUUCCUUCUAUCUCCUACUUCUUCUUACCAUUUUUCUUCGCCUCAAUUCUUCCAUUUUACCCUCUUUCUCCUCACUUUCCCUUUCACAUUUCCUUUGUUUAUUGCCUCUCCCUCUCCUCCACAUUUCUUCUUCUUCCAUCUCCUUCGCUCAUUCUCCUCUUUAUUCCCUUAUCUCCUCGUGUAUUCCUAAAUUCUCCUUCUUCCUCUUCUCCUUUUUCUUGUCAUGUCUCCCCUCUUCAUUUACAUCUGCGUUCAUUAUCCUCUUUUCUCUCAUUCUCAUUCACAUCUCCUAUGUUUAUCAUCUUCCUCUUCUCCUCUUUUCCUUCGUUGAUUGUCCUCUUUCUUUCCCCUUUUCAUUUACAUCUUCGCUCAAUUACCCUCUUCCUCUCCCUUUUCCCUUUACAUCCCUUCGUUCUCUUCCCUCGCCAUCUCUCUUGUUCAUCACGAUUUCAUUCUCUUGCAUUUACAUCUCCUUCGUUCUUAGUUCUCUUUCUCUGUUAGUUCUCCCCUUUUUUAUUCAUAUCUUCGUUUCUUACCCUCUCGCUCCUCCCAUUUCAUUCGUGUCUCCUUUGUUAUUACUCUCUCCCCUUUCCCCUUCCUUACGUAUUUUCCUUUUCUUAUAUCCUUCUUUUGUAUUAUUAUAUUAGCCUCAUUCACCUUUCUCCAUCUAUCCAUUUUCCUCCCUUUAUUCGGAAUCUGAGACCCCAAAUUACCCGUUUUGCCUCGAUUCCCUUCCGUUUUGCCUCGAUUCCCUUCCCCUCCGCUGCUCCCUUGCAGGGUUUAGGUCUCAUGGAUUUCAAGGGAGUCAGCGAGCUCGUGUCCAUCUCAUGAACACCCGAUAUCCUCACCUAUGAUUCAUAAGGCUAAACUCUGCAGGAAGACCUCGAGACGGAUUUAAUAUCCUCAUGAAUCCGCGUCUUGCACGAACGCGCUCUCAUUGCAGGAGUUCGUUUAUUUUCCUUACCAUGUUUUGGGUAAAAAGUUAUUGAUUCCAGAUUCCUUUAUAUUUUACAUCUGAUCUUGGGACUUCGUUAAAUUUUGCAGCUUGGGAUUUUGAAUAAAGUAUUUAAUAAGCAAUCACUUCUCAC